AUGAGGUUUAAAUUCUCUCUCAUGGCCAUAGGCCUGGAAGUUAUUAUAAUUGUCUUAUUUGGAUUAUUUGUUGAAUAUGAGACAACCCAGCAGGUCAAUGCUACAAGAUCCCCAAAGACGGACCAAUUUCUUCAGUUGUAUCCCUUAUUCCAGGAUGUGCAUGUCAUGAUAUUCGUUGGGUUUGGCUUCCUCAUGACCUUCCUGAAGAAGUAUGGCUUCAGUGGUGUUGGUUUCAACCUCUUCCUCGCUGCUCUGGGCCUUCAGUGGGGCACGAUUGUGCAGGGACUCCUUCAUGACAAAGGAAAGAAAUUUCACAUUGGAAUCAAAAAUAUGAUAAACGCAGACUUCAGUACAGCCACGGUUCUGAUUUCUUUUGGCGCUGUUCUGGGUAAAACAAGCCCCGUCCAAAUGAUGAUCAUGACAAUUCUAGAAAUUGCUGUCUUUGCUGCCAAUGAACAUCUGGUUACUAGCCUAUUUGAGGCCUCUGACACUGGGGCAUCAAUGACAAUCCAUGCUUUUGGAGCCUACUUUGGCUUAGCUGUAGCAGGUGUCUUAUAUCGGCCUGGCCUCCGAUGGGAACAUAAAAAUGAAGAAUCUGUGUACCACUCUGACUUGUUUGCCAUGAUUGGAACACUUUUCCUUUGGAUAUUUUGGCCCAGCUUUAAUUCAGCCAUUGCUGUAACUGGGGAAAAACAGUACAGGGCCAUUAUCAAUACUUAUUUGUCCCUUGCUGCCUGUGUGAUCGUAGCCUAUGCCUUGUCCAGCCUUGUUGAACGCCGAGGCAGACUGGAUAUGGUUCACAUUCAGAAUGCCACUCUGGCAGGAGGUGUCGCUGUGGGCACAUGUGCAGACAUGGAAAUCCCCCUCUUUGCUGCUAUGGCCAUUGGAAGCAUUGCUGGGAUCAUCUCUGUGCUUGGAUACAAGUUCCUUAGUCCACUGUUAGCUAACAAACUGAUGAUCAAAGAUACAUGUGGAGUCCAUAACCUGCACGGCUUACCUGGUGUCUUCGGAGGCCUUGCCAGCAUUUUGGCCAAAUACUUGGGAAUGUCUACCACAGGUAUGCAGGCAGCAGCCCUGGGUUCCUCCAUUGGCUCAGCAAUUGUUGGCGGUUUGGUUACAGGUCUAAUUCUGAAGUUACCUAUCUGGGAUCAGCCCCCUGAUGAGUACUGCUAUGAUGAUUCUGUUUAUUGGAAGGUUCCCAAGGUCAGAGAACUUGAUCCUCAGUUCUUUCAACAUGCGAAUCACAAUCACCUGGAGCAUGAAGUCUAG